AUGUUUACUACAGUAGAAGCUGAAGCCACAGUGGGAGGUAUUGUCAAUGAUGGUACUUUAAACACAGCUCAAGUUCAAACCUUCAAGAAAGGCUUUUGUUCAGUCCGACAUGGGCUGGCCCUUAUUGUGCAUCUCUGUAAUUUUUCGAUUUCCACCCAACAAAUGAACAUGAGCAUUGCCUUGCCAGCUAUGGUGAACAACACAGCUCCACCCAGCCCACCCAGUAUCUCCACAGAGAGGCCGCCCACUGACUUCCAGGACAACUGGAAUGAAACUCUGAAUGAAUUUAAGGCAGUGCAAAAUGCCUGCUGUGGCAUUGGCUGCAUCUGUUCUUUUCUCUGGUUUGCUCUCAUUUAUGAUGACCCCGUGAAUCAUCCGUUUAUCAGCACUAGCGAGAAGGAAUACAUCAUCUGUUCACUGGCUCAAGAGGAUUCUCCACCAGGAUGGUCUCUUCCCAUUAAGGCUAUAAUCAAAUCCCUACUGCUUUGGAGCAUUCUCGUCUUUUAUUUCAGUGACUACUGGCAUUAUUUUGUCAUCAGGUCAUACCUACCAACAUACAUUAGCUCUGUACUUCAAGCUAACAUCAGAGAUAGUGGGAUGCUGUCAGCCCUGCCGUUUGUUUCUGCCGGUAUCUGCAUUGUCCCUGGAGGUCUACUGGCAGAUUUUCUCCUCUCCAGAAAAAUCCUCAGUCUCAAUACCAUCAGGAAAGUCUUCACUGCCAUAGGGGUUCUCCUCCUAUGUGCGUUCUUCGUGUCCCUUUUCUGGGUCAGAUCCAGCUUCAGCGCCACCAUGGCCUUCUUGAUACUGUCUUCUGCCACCAAAAGCCUCAGCCAAUCAGGAGCCCUUGUCAACUUCAUGGAUAUUGCUCCUCGAAUGCAGCAGUUACACAGGGCUGGAUCACUGAAAGGACUCGUAAACUUCAGAGGGCGUGCUCAUGUACAGUGCCUUACUCAGGGGACUUCACAAAUCUUUUCUUACAUAGCGGGAGCCAUCUCUCCCACAGUUGCCGGACUUUUUAUCAGUCAGGACUCAGAGUUCGGUUGGAGGAAUGUCUUCUUGCUUUCAGCUGCUGUGAACAUAGCAGGCCUGUUUUUCUACCUCAUCUUCGGCCAAGCAGAGGUGCAGGACUGGGCUAAAGGUAGAUGUGCACCUGCUUCUGAGCAAACCGAGUGA